AUGGCAUCACAAGCUUCCACCACUGAUUUUACAACCACUGGCACUACUACUACAGAUCAGUCCGAAUCAUCUUUGCCAGAACCAGGUCUGGACUUGGACGCUGAACGGCGAAGAUUAAACCUGCUGCAGCUGCUGGCAGAGGAUCGAGAAAUGAGAGCCGCUGAACUGAUGAGAGCUCGAGAGGAGGAUAGAAGGGAAAGAGAAGUCCAUGUGGAGGAUACACUGCAAGCUAUGGCCUCAGAACGCCUUGAGUUGCAAGAUAAGCUCCACUCUUUACAAGAUAAGAAGCAACAGAUGGACGAUUUACUCCAGCAUCUUCAAGGUUUGCGAGCUCAACAGAUCAAUAAUUUGGAUGCCGAUUCAGCAGCCAGCGGCAGUUCAUCUCAGCUACGAAUUAAUGAAUCUAUACAAGCUACAGCAUCAGCCAAUCAAACUCCACAUGAUGCAACACAAGAACUGCUUGAUGCUUUAGAUGCUAAAGAAAAGUUAGAAAAGCUACGCGAGGUGAGAGACAGACUAAAUCAUCUUAGAGAUCUUGUUCAGUACUACCAGAAUGGAAAUGAAUUCAUACACACAGAAACUAACCCCAAUGAGAAUUAUGAAGAGACUUCAUCUAUGGCUGACUAUGAAGAUCCAAUACUCAUGAGGAAUCUUAGAGGGCUACAGAGAUCUGGAUUCCUAUCAAGUCAGGCUAGAGAUCAGAAUGAAGGAUUUGCAUUGUCUGGCAACACUAGAAGGGAUCCUCGGCAAGAUACUACUGAUGAUGAGGAUGAAGAAGAUGAAAAUGAUAAUUUAGCAGAUGAGGAGGAUGACGAUGAUGAUGAUAAAGAUGAAAGUGAGAAUGUUGAGAAAAGUGACAGCGAGAAUGAUGAAUACGACACUGAAAGCAAUCAUAGUUCACUGUUAGGUGCUUGGGGUGAAGACCCAGAAAUAAAGGAAAAAGUCAAGUAA